GUGCUGUCGCAUCCGGAACGAGCGAGCUCGACUGCUGUCAGAGUGGUUUGACAGCAGUGUUUGCGGUGAAUUUUAAAUAGGACUGUUGAGGAGUACUACAGCCUCUCUCGCACCACCGAGCUGAGUGUUGGCAGUGUCACAGAGCCCGUGUGUUUUACUCCUGCCUGCAUGGCGGCCUGGGAUUGGGAGACUGAUGAAUGAUUCAAAGCUUGCCGUGGUCCAGCGCCAUGGUAGACAUGCCAAGCCUGUACAGUCCCUUGUCCCCGCUGGGCGAUCCAAUUCUAGACAGCCCUCUGUGUGGAGAGCUCAUUGGUGACAUGGAGGUGCUGGAGGACAUCUCACAGUCCCUCAGUGACGAUACCUUCAACUCCCUUCACGUGCUGGACUACCAGAGCAACAACACAGCAGCAGACAGCUCAACUGGCUUAGAUGUCUUAACACCAGCGUCUAGUCCAUCCUCAGAAGUGUUUGCGUCCAGCACGGUUCAGGAUGAGAACUCUUCUGGUUCUCUGGCCCUCGAGUGCCGCGUCUGCGCCGACCGGGCCUCUGGUUUCCACUAUGGAGUGCACGCCUGCGAAGGGUGCAAGGGGUUCUUCAGGAGAACCAUUCGACUCAAACUGGAGUACGACAAGUGCGAACGCAACUGCAAGAUCCAGAAAAAGAACCGCAACAAAUGUCAAUGCUGCCGUUUCCGCAAGUGCCUUGCAGUGGGCAUGUCCCACAACGCUAUCCGUUUUGGGCGCAUACCCCAAUCUGAGAAGCAGAGGCUGAAAGCAGAGCAGGACGUCUGCGGGAAAGAGCAGCACAAGUCCCAGCAGCCGGACACGAAGAGUCUGGCCAGACAGAUGCAUGAAGCCUACCUCAAACACUUCCAUAUGAACAAAGCCAAAGCACGCGUGUUUCUCACGGGCAAGACCAGCACUCCGCCCUUCGUCAUCCACGACAUGGACACUCUCCAGCACGCCGAGCGGAAACUACUCACCCAGCUGCUGGGCAACGUGCCAUCCAGAGAUGUCUCCACUCUACUGGAGAGAGAAGUGGAGGCCCGGAUCUUCCUGUUCAGCCAGUACGCCUCGGUGGUGACGGUCACGGAGCUGACGGAGUUCGCCAAGGCCGUGCCCGGCUUUGCCACCCUAGACCUCAACGACCAGGUGACUCUGCUGAAGUACGGCGUGUACGAGGCGCUCUUCGCCCUGCUGGCCUCCUGCAUGAACAAAGACGGGCUGCUGGUGGCUCGCGGCGGAGGCUUCAUCACCCGAGAAUUUCUGAAGAGCCUGCGCAAGCCCUUCAGCGACAUGAUGGAGCCGAAAUUUCAGUUCGCCAUGAGGUUCAAUGCCCUAGAGCUCGACGACAGCGACCUGGCGCUAUUCGUGGCCGCCAUCAUCUGCUGUGGAGACCGUCCAGGACUGAGCGACGUGUCGCAGAUCGAGCGCAUCCAGGAGAGCAUCAUCCACGCCCUGCGGCUCCACCUGUUGUCCAACCACCCCGACAACACCUUACUCUUUCCCAAGCUGCUGCAGAAACUGGCCGACCUGCGGCAGCUGGUGACGGAACACACGGAGCUGGUCCAGGAGAUCAACAAGACGGAGGACGCUUCACUCCACCCGCUUCUGCAGGAGAUCUACAGGGACAUGUACUGACUUUGAAGCGUCGCCAUU